AUGACCGGCGGGGAACGGCCCUAUGAGUGUAGGGAAUGUGGGAAGAGCUUCAGGAUCAGCUCCCACCUGACUGUCCACCAGAGGAUCCACACCAAUGAACGGCCCCACAAGUGUGGGGAAUGUGGGAAGAGCUUCAGGAUCAACUCCAACCUGAUCGCCCACCAGAGGAUCCACACCAAUGAACGGCCCUAUAAAUGUGGAGAAUGUGGGAAGGGCUUCAGGAGGAGCUCCAGCUUGAAACUCCACCAGAUGAUCCACACUGGGAUACGACCCUUUGUGUGUGGGGAGUGUGGGAAGGGCUUCCGUGACAGCUCCCGCCUGAUCAUCCACCAGACAAUGCACACUGGGGAGUGCCCCUACACGUGCUCAGAGUGUGGGAAGAGCUUCAUUGAGAACUCCAGCCUGAUUCUGCACCAGAGGAUCCACACUGGGGAGAGGCCCUACAAGUGCAGGGAAUGUGGGAAAAGCUUUAGGCAGAGCUGCCAUCUGAAUGCCCACCAGAGGAUCCACACUGGGGAGAGGCCCUACAAGUGCAGGGAAUGUGGGAAAAGCUUCAUCGACCCCUCCGGCCUGAGUGUCCACCAGAGGAUCCACACUGGGGAGAGGCCUUACAGGUGUGGGGAAUGUGGGAAAAGCUUCAGUCAGAGCACUAGGCUGAUUCUGCACCAGACGAUCCACACCAGGGAGAGGCCUUACAGGUGUGGGGAAUGUGGGAAAUGCUUCAGGCAGAACUCUAGGCUGAUUGCCCACCAGAGAAUCCACACUGGGGAGAGGCCCCACCAGUGCUUGGAAUGUGGGAAGAGUUUCGGCAGGAGCGACCACCUGCUCAUCCACCAGAGGACCCACACCGGGGAACGGCCCUAUGAGUGUAGGGAAUGUGGGAAGUGCUUCAGGAUCAGCUCCCACCUGACUGUCCACCAGAGGAUCCACACCAAUGAAUGGCCCCACAAGUGUGGGGAAUGUGGGAAGAGCUUCAGGAUCAACUCCAACCUGAUCGCCCACCAGAGGAUCCACACCAAUGAACGGCCCUAUAAAUGUGGAGAAUGUGGGAAGGGCUUCAGGAGGAGCUCCAGCUUGAAACUCCACCAGAUGAUCCACACUGGGAUACGACCCUUUGUGUGUGGGGAGUGUGGGAAGGGCUUCCGUGACAGCUGCCGCCUGAUCAUCCACCAGACAAUGCACACUGGGGAGUGCCCCUACACGUGCUCAGAGUGUGGGAAGAGCUUCAUUGAGAACUCCAGCCUGAUUCUGCACCAGAGGAUCCACACUGGGGAGAGGCCCUACAAGUGCAGGGAAUGUGGGAAAAGCUUUAGGCAGAGCUGCCAUCUGAAUGCCCACCAGAGGAUCCACACUGGGGAGAGGCCCUAUAAGUGCAGGGAAUGUGGGAAAAGCUUCAUCGACCCCUCCGGCCUGAGUGUCCACCAGAGGAUCCACACUGGGGAGAGGCCUUACAGGUGUGGGGAAUGUGGGAAAAGCUUCAGUCAGAGCACUAGGCUGAUUCUGCACCAGACGAUCCACACCAGGGAGAGGCCUUACAGGUGUGGGGAAUGUGGGAAAUGCUUCAGGCAGAACUCUAGGCUGAUUGCCCACCAGAGAAUCCACACUGGGGAGAGAUCCUAUGAGUGUUCUGAGUGUGGGGAGAGGUUUCAGAGCCGAUACCGUCUCCUCAAGCAUCAGCAGAUUCACACAGAAUAGAGGCCCUUCUGCUGCCCUGACUGCAGGAAGGGCUUUUAGAAAAACUGCACUCUCGUCACCCACCAGUGGAUCCACACUGGGGAGAGGCCCUGACAGUGUCCCAAGUGUGGGAAGAACUUCUCCCAGAACUCUGCCGUGACCCAACACCAAGGGAGGCAGCAGUAAGGGAUGCCCAACAAGUGCCCUGUGUGCAGGAAGAGUGUUGCCUUGAUUUUUAAAGAUUUUCUGAGCCUUCUAAUGUUUACAUUCUUGUAGCAAACUUUCUCAAACACUUUCUGUAAAUAACUUCUUGUUUGGCAUUCUUUUAUAGAAGAAGAAAAAUAUGAUGGACUGUUAGUUUGUCCAGUGUCAUUGGAGAGGUGGCACUUUCACCCUCCAAUCCACGGUCGCUUUUAGAAAACUGUAAAUGUUGGAGUCAGGAAAUAAACUUCCCUUUUCUUCCCCUUGAGA